UCGAGUACAAGCCGGCGUCGUACGGGCACUACGUGUACCCGAUGUGGGCGGACGCGGUGGGCUGGACGCUGGGCGUGCUGCCCGUCGUGGUCGUCGUGCUCAUGGCCGUCGACCAGAUCUGUAGCGGACCUGAUGACUUGACCAUUAUGGAGAAAGCGCGAGCGCUCUCCCGCCCCACGUCCGAGUGGGGCAAGUCGGGCUGCCCGCUGACGGCGCCCGAGCCCGAGCUGGCGCCGCCGGUGCUGCUGCUGCACGGCCGCCCCGUGGUGCGCGACCGCGCGCCCGCCGCCUGACCCAUGCACCCGCUCGUCGCCAUGCGGAAGACCUCGCAAGAUGGCGGCGACUCCACGUCCGUGACGAGCGGCGCGGACGAGCACCGGCGGACCAGCGCCGGCAUCCUCAAGACCACUCGGAGCUCGCUCAAGCGCCGCGUGCAGAACUUCAGCCACGAGUCCGACGACGCCGCCAUCGAGCCGCUGCUGCAGAGGGAGAAGAACGAAAUCUCCGCUCAAAGUGCCAAGUUAUUAAUGUCCAAAUGUAAGACUGACCAGCCGAUCGGCGGCGUUGCUACUAAGGUAUUUCAAUCCAAACAGCCAGCAGCCACGGUGACCGCUAAUGGCGUGAAAGACUGCGGCACUGUUAAAACUGUCGUGACUGGACACGUCAUGAGCUCAAAUGUUUAUGCUAAUAUAAAUGCACCGAAGCCAAGCGACCCUGCGCCUAAAACGCAAUUACUCGUUGAAGUUGAUAGUAACAAACCUAUUGGGCAUACUAGUAGUCCACUAAUUUUUACGACUGCAAAAAUACAUUCAGACGGGAAAACCAAACAGAUGGAACCAACGCACACUACAGGCGUUCCCAUUUCGUCUACCAUUGAAAGUAAUAAUGUGUUAAAUGAAUCUACCGAUAAAGCAAAAGCUGACGAAGUCAAGAAACAUGAUAUGCAAAUGAGUAAUAAAAAUAUAACUUCAGUACCGGGUUCGAUUGCACACGAUAUAAAAUCUGUUAAACCAGGCAUUAAACCUAAUGCUAGUAAAGAUAAUGUCCUGGAUUCCACUAAAGGUACUGGAGUUAAAAUACUAACCUCAGUACCUAAAGCAGACGCUGGUACAUUAACUGAUUUAAAAAUGUCUGUGUCUAAGAAUAGUGACGUAAAAAAUACUUCUAAUACUGCCACAGUCGAAACUAAAAUAAAAGAAAAUUUUAACGCUUAUACUAGUAAGGAUGUUAAGGGUGUUUAUUCUGCAGAUAGUAACCAAUUAAAAGACAAGACAAUAAUAGUAGAAUCUUUAGUAACAAAUAAAAUAUUAAAAGAUAAGAAAGGAGAAGAAAACGAGAAAAAUACAGCGAAAGACUCUGAAAAAGAGGAGUUAAAAAAGAAGCUCAGCGAAUUAGAAGCUGAACUUGAGCGAAGGAACAGAGAAGAUGAAAAAUCUAAAAGUUUAGCAUCAAGGAUGUCAAAGCCUAUCGAAACAAAAACCACUUCUACAUCAACAGAUCAUAUUGACGUAACAAAAAGUACAAAGAAUCUAAGUAAGUUAGACCAUAGUAAAUACCAACUUCCAAAAUUUGCACCAAUUGAAGAGUCAACGGAUUCCGACUCUGACAAAGUUAAAUUAAAAAGUGAUAGUUCAAGUUCAUCUACGGUAAGUUUUGUAACUGCUUAUAAAGUUACACCAAAAGCUGAGUCCUCCCCUAAAGAAUCAAAAGAUACUGAUAAAACAAACAUUAUACCACCAGUCCCUAAACUCGAAACAAGCAAGUCCUCACCUAAAGAAUCAAAAGAUACUGAUAAAACAAACAUUAUACCACCGCUCCCUAAGCUCGACACAAGCAAGUCCUCACCUAAAGAAUCAAAUGAUACUGAUAAAACAAACAUUAUACCACCAGUCCUUAAAAACGAAACAAGCAAGUCCUCACCUAAAGAAUCUAAAGAUACUAAUAAAACAAACAUUAUACCACCAGUCCUUAAAAACGAAACAAGCAAGUCCUCACCCAAAGAAUCUAAAGAUACUGAUAAAACAAACAUUAUACCACCAGUUACUAAAGUCGAAACAAGCAAGUCCGUACCUAAAGAAUUAAAAGAAACUGAUAAAACAAACAUUACACCACUAGUCUCUAAAACCGAAACCAGCAAUAGUACAAAUGAAAAAGAAAAGACAAAGCCAGUUAAAGCAGCAGCGAGCACUGGAAGUGUGCGGUCUACCACAAAAACAAUGAACGUAACUGUGGCGUCUAAAUCCGCGACCACCACGAGCAAGACUCCCACCACAUCGACAGUAAGACAGACUGGCGCAGCCGCCACUACUGCUUCUGCCUCUACUACCAAAACAUCUAAACUACCCACUUCAACUGUAACGCAUUCAAAAACAAGCACUCACACAGUGUCAUCCACCAAAACCACCGUGAGCACUUCGUCCCAAAAUAAAGCAACAGAUGCAAAAAAUAAACAACUCAACAAAGACAUAAAAACCUCAAAAGCUUAACAGAAAACCUUAGACGCUGCCUUUGUGAACGUACAUGUUACUGCUCAAUUGAAAGUGAUAGUUUUGAUGUUAUUCACCUGUAAAUCACAUUUCAGAUUCUUCGUAUAACGAUUGCUAUUCAUCGUCAGAGUAGUUCGCUGGCCGUAAAAUUAAGCACUUAUAAGUAGGUAGUUGUUCCUGACAAAGACGCUUAGAAUGAAAAUGAAAUUUAACAAAACUUUAUUUACACCGACGUAUACUUAAAAACCUAUUUCUUAUGUUUAGCGAAAAAAACGCAGACAUGUUAAACAUGAUGUAAUUUUUUAGGUAUUAAUAAUGAGUUUUAUAUACAAAUAUCCUAUAAUUUAUUUAUAUAUACAUUAUACAUAAUGUGAGUUAUUAAUUUUAUAAACUUACCAGGGUUGAGACUUACACGUUACAUGAACUGUAAGAAUCUUUGCAAAAAAGGAAUUGAAAAGAGCAUACUUAAAUGAUAAUAAUGGGAAAGAUUUCCAAGUUUUAUUAAACCAUGACCCAAAAGUCAGGUCUUUUACAAAUUAUAUUAUUAAAUCUGAUUGAUAUGUGCAGCCACAGCCACACAUUUUACAUGCCACAGAUUUUAUAAAAUCGCUAUAGUGGUGCUAAAGAUGUUAACAAUAUUUUUCCUAGACAAUAUAAUAUUUUCUAUGUAAUUUGUCUCUGACACAGUCAAUUUAGAGAUAAUUUAAACGAUAUCAGAAAUGUUUUAAACAACUGACUUCAAUUAAUUCAAAAUUUAAAAUAACGAGAGAAUCUUCAUUUGUUUACAUAACAUCAGGAAUAAUAAUUGUAUUACUUAUAUUUCUUUAUUCCGUGUGUAUGUAAAUGCAUGAUAUCAGUCUCAAAACUGCCUGAAAUACCCACUCGCUGUUUGUAAUAAGAACAUCAAAGUUUUUCAGUUAAAAAGUAAAAAUAUUCAAAUUUUCCUUUUAAAUCUAUGUUUCGAUUUUUGAUCUAUGUUUAGAUAAGAUGUAUC